GCUGAAAACAAUCAAAACCACGUGUCAUUCUCCUGUAGUUUUGUUUUUGUCGAACCAAAAGCGCGACAACAACUCUAGAGACGAGCGCUGAUUGAUUUCCCUGAAGCAACUUUUUUAAAUCAAAUUUUCUAAAUCAGAGAAUCAGCAGCAUUGGCCGUAACUAAAAAGAUGUGUCACUGGUGACUUUUCCCUCGGAGCUACGAGUAAACAGCCGACAUUACUUUUUUCAGAGGACGUUACAUAUUUUUGGAGUAACGAGCCUGACGCUGACGAGCGGUUGUGCGUCUUGGAGAGGGCAGGGACGCCGGAGACGCGCAACGGCAUCAGCAGCAGCAGCAGCAGCGCAGUCUGUUUGGAGCCACCGGUUGAGAUCAUUCAACACUCCGAGCACCGACUGUCUGAACCGAUUGUGGGAUACAAAUCGACGACCUCCGCCUCUCUGAAAUCUUCCUAAACAAACGAUGGACAUCCUCCUCGGCCCCUUAAAUAGCCACGAAAGCGUCGGAUGAGUGAAAUCGGAGAUGCUGCGCACCACGGCCAAAAUCCUGGAUCUCUUUUGAACAGGACUGUGGGUGUGUGCGCGUCGGGCUCGCCGUUACCUCCAGACUGCACUCGCCAACUUCCCCCGCUUUCCAUCAAGUCAUGUCUGAUACAGAGCGAUGGGCAAGUUUGACGACAACGAGAGGAUAAUCCUCAACGUCGGGGGCACCAGGCACGAAACCUACAAAACCACCCUGAAGACCCUGCCGGGGACGCGACUGGCCCUGCUCGCCUCCGACUCGGACAUCGACUCCGUGCUGGAUCAGCUGCAACAAGUCCCCGGCUUCAUCGAGUACAACGCGCGGACCAACGAGUACUUCUUCGACCGCCACCCGGGUGUCUUCGCCUACGUGCUCAAUUACUACCGCACCGGGAAACUCCACUGCCCGGCGGAUGUGUGCGGACCGCUGUUUGAAGAGGAGCUCUCCUUCUGGGGCAUCGAUGAGACGGACGUGGAGCCCUGCUGCUGGAUGACAUACCGGCAGCACCGGGACGCGGAGGAGGCUCUGGACGUGUUCGAGCUCAACGUGGACAACGGGGACGAGGACGAUGAGAUAGGGAAGAGGCUCGGCAUCGAGGAUGUGGCUGCCGACGGUAAUGUCAGCCUGUGGAGGAAGUGGCAACCGGUGAUCUGGAAUCUAUUCGAGGAUCCGUACUCCUCCAGGGCGGCGAGGUUUAUUGCCUUUGCGUCUUUGUUCUUCAUCCUGGUCUCCAUCACCACCUUCUGCUUGGAAACUCAUGAAGCUUUCAACACCAUCAUCAAUAAAACUGAGCUGGUGCGGAACAGCAGCAUGCCGGACUCAGGCCCGCAGUACGAGAUUGAAACUGAUCCUGCGCUCACCUACGUGGAGGGCGUAUGUGUCUUCUGGUUCACCAUUGAGUUCCUAGUGCGUGUGACCUUCUGCCCGGUCAAGUUGGAGUUUGUUAAGAGCGUUCUCAACAUCAUCGAUUUCGUGGCUAUCUUGCCUUUCUACUUGGAGGUAGGGCUCAGUGGCCUGUCUUCAAAGGCUGCCAAGGAUGUGUUGGGUUUCCUCAGGGUGGUGCGCUUUGUUCGGAUCCUGCGUAUCUUCAAGCUAACACGUCAUUUCGUGGGGCUAAGGGUGCUAGGCCACACAUUACGGGCCAGCACCAAUGAAUUCCUGCUGCUUAUCAUCUUCCUGGCGUUGGGAGUGUUAAUUUUUGCAACCAUGAUCUAUUACGCCGAACGAAUUGGCGCUAAGCCCAAUGACCCCACUGCAAGCCUCCACACUAAGUUCAAGAACAUCCCCAUUGGAUUCUGGUGGGCCGUGGUGACCAUGACGACAUUAGGCUAUGGUGACAUGUAUCCAGAGACCUGGUCAGGCAUGGUUGUUGGCGCACUGUGUGCCUUGGCCGGUGUGCUGACGAUAGCUAUGCCUGUGCCCGUUAUCGUCAAUAACUUUGGGAUGUACUACUCCCUGGCCAUGGCCAAGCAGAAGCUGCCCAAGAAGAGGAAGAAACACAUCCCACAGGUGGUGCAGGGAGGGUCCCCAACCUACUGCAAAGCUGAUCUGAACACUACCUGCAACAGCACUCAAGGUGACCUGUGCCACGUUAAGGGAAGCAGGGUACUUGAACGCAACCGCUCAGUGCUGUCAGCAGACUGCAGCGGGGGCAGUGACCUGACCAUGUCUCCAGAGGAGAGGGUCCCCAUGCGAAGGUCCAGCACCCGGGAGCAGGACCGCAGGAGUGGGGGGACGUGCUUCCUGCUCGCUGCUAGUGACUACACCUGCCCGACAGACGGAGGGCUACGAAAAACAGAUAACUGCAAAGAGGUUGUCUUUACUGGUUUCACACAAGCAGAGAGCAGCGUUCUAUCUUAAUGGCUUUGGGGGAAGGCACCGCCAUGGUGGAAAGACAAUUCAUUUCCUGUUUGAAUGACGGUGGGAUAAGUCAUCAGUAUGAGGACCUAUUGCAGUGGGAGGACCACCAUUUGGAGCCAUAAGGCCGCUCCUACGGGACAAUAUGGAACGAGGAGGCACGCAAAAAACCCAUUGACUGACAGCCGCCCAGCCAAUGGCUCAGUGAGCGGGAAAGGAACUUAACGAUCAACAGGAAAUCCUCGGAGGACUUUGAUCAGCAUUUAUCCUCAUUUCUCUUUUUGUUUUGAAACCGUGGAGGAAAAAAAAAGAGCAAAAGCAAACUGGACACGUCCUCAAAAGAGACUAUCUACUGUAUAGAUAUUGCUCCUGUAUAUAAGACAACAACACAGCACAUCUGGGCCAUGCGGCUCCGUCCACACAUCUGUCUUUUUGAUGGCAAGAGAGGUAACGAGGUGGUUGGUUGCUACGAUGCGCCGUGACACUCAACGUCAAUCACUUUUCUUGCUGUGGUAUCCCUCCUCGCAAUAAGUGUAUUAAGAUGUAUCAGUUGAGGCACAUUGUGUUCUAAAAAUGGAGUGUAUUCAUAUAUGAAAUUCUACAUACAGUAUAUACAGUAUAGAGAGACAAACGUGCUAAGUUGAAUAAAUGUGACAUUAUGGUCAUCUCUGCUUUUGUUUCCCUUGGUAAUUUUCAGUAGGUUAAUUGCUCUGCUGUGUGUUAAUGUGUGUGUGUGCGUGUGUGUGUGUAUCCUUAAACUCCAGGGUAAGAUCUGCAGUUUGAAAGGCCAGGUCAGCCGAUACCAAUGAGUGGACGUGAUGCCGUCACUCUUCCAGUUAGUUUUAGCACAAACACGAAUGAGACAGAGUUCCCCUGUGAUGCAGUCGCCGUUGUAGAAGUCCCUUCCCCGGACCUCCUCCCACACCGUGUAUUUAACAUGCAACUACCCUGCAUUGUGCUGCAGAUGUUCGUCGUCUCACAAACCAAAUUAUUCUUACCAAACUACUCCUCAUAACUCCUGGUGGCUAAGAAACAAAAAAACAUUAUAACUUGAUUCUUCCAAACUUUUCCCUGUGUGGGAGUGGAGCAAAAGUGUAGCAGAAGUUUACCAAGUUAUAUAAAGUGGGACUUCUAGAAUGGCUACAUCUGCACAGUAGCAAUCCCAUGUACCCAAAACAGUCAGAUCGGAUUUGCAAUAAGCACCCGAAAACAAAAACGCCGAUCCACACUGUGAUUUCAGCAGCCCGGUAAAACAAGAAGGCAAAAGGCAAAGCGAGUGUUAACGCAGCUCUAUAAGCUGAGUGGCAGGUGGCAAAACAUCGUGUUGGUUGCGACCUGCACAGUUGUUGGCUAGCUGUCAAGUGUCACCCUGUACCCACAAUCCUCCUCGUGUAGUACACACGCUGCUUUACUCUUUGAAUUGACAAAGGGGUACCGUUCUUUGUGUAUUUUUAGGAUGACGUUGUAACUUGAAGAAAAAAAAAAAGGUGUUUAUUUUUUUGAAUCCAGAACAUGUAUUUUUGUGUCUUUUAUUGUUGAGUACAUUGCUCUUACCUGUAAAAGUCAUGGUAGUCUGAUGCUGUGCUUCUCCAUCGUGUCCUCAAUCUGUCAGGCUUUUGAUCCGAGUUCAUGUUUUGUAUGUUUUACUGUGAGGAAAAUUCUAGUUUGAAGUCUGUAUUUGUGGAGCCUUUUGUUGGCAUUCUAAAGUGCAUGCUGAAAAAAAAAACCAUUAUGUCAAGUUGUAAAAAAAAUAAAAAAUAAAUAAGAUGACAUACUGUAUAUCAUGUUCAAAACAAUGUGUAUAGAGUAAAGGUAAAUGAUAUGUGAGAGAUUCACAUAAACUAUUUAUCUUUUAAAUGAUUGUUUCUUUCUUUGCUUCGUCUGA